AAACGCCCUCUUUUUUUUGUUCUGUUCGAGCUCUACAGCUGCAGGCUUGUAUUCAGUGAGAGUUGAGUAACAAACCACUUUCAGGAGGAACCGUGAACAAAGAGUCCUCACGCUUUCGGGCGCAGCCGCAGAGAGUCUUCUGAGGAGAGAAAUUCAUGUUCAGUGUAGCUCAUCCCACAACAAUCACGCAAUUCACCAAUAAAUGCUGGAAUAUUCCCAUCAGUUUAUAAGUGAAGAGGAACAUCAAAUCGUCAGGAAGACCGAGUUCAUUAAAGACGACAGACGAAGAUGAGAGAUCCAGAACCCUGCAGAAUCAAACACACUGAAGAUAAUGGAAAACAAACAGAGUUAAAAGAAGAAAAUGUGGAGGAUGAAGAAUUGAAUGAAGUUGAGGAGAGAAAUCAUGUCAAGAGUAGAGAAGAACCUUUGAGUGGCUCUCAAACUAAACAGAAAAGUUUAAAGAAAAGAGCCAAGAAAUCUUUCACCUGCACUCAGUGUGGAAAGAGUCUGACAAACAAAACAAGUCUUGAGCGUCAUAUGAGAGUUCAUACUGGAGAGAAACCGUACACUUGUGAACAGUGUGGGAAGAAUUUCACACAGUUAUCACACCUCAAAGUUCACAUGAACAUCCACACUGGAGAAAAACUGCACACAUGUGAUCAAUGCAGCAAAACAUUUUUUCGAGUUUCAAACCUGAAGGAACACCUGAGAGUUCAUACAAAGAACAGGCCACAUUCAUGUCAUUUGUGUGGAAAGAGUUUUUCAUUUCUACAAAAUUUGAAAAUACACCAGAAAAUACAUACUGGUGUGAGAGAGUACAUGUGCUUUGAGUGUGAAAAGACUUUUACUACAUCGGACGGUUUAAAACUGCAUGAAAGGAUCCACACCGGAGAGAAACCUUACAAGUGUUCACGCUGUGACAAGAGAUUCAUUCAUUCAGGACAUCUGAAAGCACAUGAGAGGAUCCACACUGGAGAGAAACCAUACAAGUGUUCACACUGCAGCAAGGGAUUCAGUCAGUCAGCAACUCUGAAGACACACGAAAGGAUCCACACUGGCGAGAAACCAUAUCAAUGCACUGCAUGUGGGAAGCGUUUCAUUCAAUCAUCUGGUCUACACAGACAUAGAAAAAAUAAUCACAGUAAAGGCCAAUUUAUACUUCUGGGUCGAACCUACACCGUAGGCUGUGUGUAGUACGGCGUAGUCUGACGUGUGCCUAACAGCGCGUCAAUUCUACACGGAACGCAAGUGGUGCAAUUGGUUUGCUAGAACCCCUCUGCCUGAGUUUUGUGUUUUUUUAUGUGCACUUCAAUACAUUUUAAUGUUAUAACUUCUUAUAUAAAUUAAAACAAAGCAAAGAACGAGUGUCUUAUCAUUUAUUAUAC